AUGACGAAUGCCAGGAUCUUUGAUGUAACAUCUUAUGGUGCAAUAGGAGAUGGGGAUACAGAUGACUCUGAACCGUUUCUUCGAACCUGGGAAGAUUUAUGUGGAGAUGAUUCGCCAGAUCCCACCAUGAUCAUACCAAAGAAGACCUUUUUGAUAGGACCUGUGUCAUUCCAUGGUCCAUGCAAUUACCAUGUGGUACAUGUUCAGCUUUUGGGCAACAUCACUGCACCGAAGACAUUCAAUGGAUGGAAAGGUUGUGUAGAAAAAAGAAAUUGGAUAGAUUUCGUAUCAGUGCACCGACUCAGCAUUCAUGGACCUGGUCAAAUUGAUGGUCAAGGCUCGAUCUGGUGGGGAAAUGAGGCGUUACAUUUUCAUAGGUGUGAUGGCCUUCGGCUAAGUGGCACAACACAUAUUAAUAGCCCAAACCAUCAUAUUGGCAUUAAUGGUUGCAAUAAUGUAAAUGUUGGAAAUCUUCAAAUUUUUGCACCUGAACGCAGCCCAAAUACUGAUGGAAUCGACAUCAGUUCAUCAUCCCAUGUUAACAUCCAUGACUCGAUUAUUCGAACUGGUGAUGAUUGUGUGGCUAUUAAUGGUGGCACCAUUAAUAUCAAUAUAACAAGAGUGAUAUGUGGACCUGGUCAUGGCAUAAGCAUUGGAAGCCUUGGCAAAAAUGGUGAUUAUCAUACAGUGGAACAAAAUGGGAGGGGGUAUGCGAAGGGGAUCUUAUUUCAGGACAUUCAUCUCGUAGAUGUUAAAAAUCCAAUUAUAAUUGAUCAACAUUACUGCAGUCAAUCUCUAGAUGCCUUUUGCCCAGCACCGCCAUCAAUGCAAGCAGUAAAAGUGAGUGACGUAACGUAUAUUAAUGUACAUGGGACUUCAUCAAAUAAGCAAGCAAUUACUUUCAAUUGCAGCGGGAGGUUUAAGUGCACUAAAAUCACAACCAACGAAGUUAGAAUCUCUGGAGAAAAUGUUUUUGCUUACUGCAAUAACGCUAAUGGUAAAUUUUUGGAUACAAACCCAAGGGUCAAUUGCGAAUAG